AUGGCGGAAGCCAUUGCUUUCGCGGCGGUCGACCACUUCUACCACACCACAACAAUCACGAUGCCUAGCCCCAAGCGCAUCCUCAAGCGCGCCGCCGAGAAGACUGCACCCGCCUCGAGCACUCUGCGCGAGAAGACGAAAAGCGCCUCAUCCUCCCUCCGCGAGAAGACCAAGACUCGCCUCGAGCGCCUCUCUAGCAAAGCGCGCAAGGAGAAGCAGGUGUACAACCAGCAAAAGGAGGAAUCGCGCGAGUCUGCACAUCUCGACGCGCAGCGAGGACUCCGUGCUGCUAAGCAGGAGAAUAGCGAGCCGGUGGAGGCUUUGAGGAAGGCAGAGAAGGAGAUUUCCGAGCGCGAGGAUCGUAAGGUGGAGGUGGAGUUGAGAGGCCAGCGGGAUGCUACCCUCACCGCCGUCCAGGAGCAAGAGACCGCAGCUGUCCACCGCGAGUCCCUUCUGAAGCAGGAUCUCAAGCAAGUCCGGGCUCAGCUCGCGACACAGACGCAGGCGGCUACCAAGCUGCAGACUCGACUUGAGGAUGCCGAGGAGAAGAAUAGGAUCACCGAAACCAAGUUCUCGCGCUUGCAGGCUCAGGUAGAGCUUGACAAACGCGCCUUUGCUGCGACGGCCGCCCCCACCCCGAGAACCCAACAGCUCCAAGAUCAGUUGAAUGCGGCGCAGGCUAGUGUCAAGGGCCUACGAGCGCAGCAUCAAGACUUCAUCAAGCAGAUUAAGGACCUGCAGUCCGAGAACGCGAAGCUCAGCAAGAGUUUGAAGUACUCGCAAGUCAGCCCCGAUGACCUCCAUGAGGAGUGCCGGCUCGACAUCAAGUGUGCUCAGGGCGGCAAGAAAAUGGCGGAGGAGAAGUGGGAGAAAGAAAAGGUCGCCCACCAGGCCACCAAGCAUCAGCGCAAGGCUGAGAUGCUCAAAGUCUCCAACGAGAAGUGCCACGUGCAGCAAGACCUGGCUCUAGCAGAGCACAGACUCAAAACUUUCAAGGCGCAGCAUGUAAACUGCCCUACCAAGAUCUCGGAGAUUGCAAAGAAGCGGGAUCAGUACAGGGCUGAUCUGGAAACGACGAAGCAGAACGCCGAUGACCUCCAGAAGAAGCUCGAUAGCGUCGCACUGGAGCUCAAGGACGUAAAGGCGAAGCUCGAGACAGCACGAGAGGAUUUCGAAGACAUGACGGGCGCCAGGGAUCAUCUUGCCCAGCUGCUGGACGACAAGGAUGGCGAAUGUGAUCGCAAAGAGGAGAAGUGCGAUGCUAGUGGUCAAGAGCAUGAGCAAGAGUCGGUAGUCGACGAGGAGAAUGGAUCAGGCACCACUGAGGAUAGCCACAGCAAUGUCUCUUCCGAGAACGCCGGCCCAGGUGCAGGUUAUCAACUGCUAACACCAGAGAUGGAAUGGCGGCUUCGCGCUGCCUUGGGAACGAUCAAUCCAGGCCCAUCUACGCCCACUGCCGCCGAAGUUGCUGAUCUUCAGUCGCAGCAGAUGAUGGCGUCUCUUCUCACGCACACGCCGGAUCUGCAGACUGUCCUGACGCAGCUUUCCCCAGUCCAGUCGCACGACGCCGGUGAGAGCCAAAUCACGUACGGCGCGACCGAGUAUGAUCCAGACUCUCCUGGGCUGGCCAUGCCAUAUGAUCCAGCAUCGCCGCUCAAUGUCUUUGAGGAUGAAGAAGCAAGCUAUGGAGCUGAUGAGUACGAUCCGGCUUCUACAGCCGCGUACCAAACAGAAGCUCCAUUCGACUAUGCUCUUCAUUACAAGCAGCAGAGCACGCGCAUCCUAGCGGCUCGCAACGAAGCCUGCUAUGAGCAGCAACAAGACAACCACGAGUGCUUUUACUGGCGUGACCUCGCCUACAUGGAAGACCUGAACACCGGCACCAGACUCCACGAUGAGACCUGCGAGCGCGAGUUGCGUGACGCCCAUGGAUUGGAGAAGGCUGCCAGCAAAUUUGCUGUGCUCGCGGAGAACUACGCGCAGACUCAAAUCAUGCCUCGGCUUUUGGUCGAGCAGUCUGGAGAUCCUAAGCCGAAUCCCAAUCGGGGAUUGCUUUGCGACCAACGCGUCUACACCAAGUCGAAGAUGUCGUCUAUGGAGAGCCCGGAUGAUGAGGACCAGGCCGAGACUGUGGCUAAGCAGGAGGUCCUGUCCAGCUUUCCACCUGCAGAGAAUCGCUGGAAAGCUCCAGCGGGCAACGACUGGGCGGAUGAGGAUGAGGAUGAUGAUUUCGACAUCCUCGCAGAUGCUGCUAGACGUAUGGCGGCACCUCCAUCCACCACUAGAUCUACAGGCGGUGCCUCCGGCACCAUCUACGACCAACCGAUGGACGAGGAAGUCGACGAAGAACUCGAAGAUUGCAACAACAACGACGUCGACUCGCUCUCCGAGGGCUCCAUCACCAGCGCUUCCGAAGAGGAGCAGCAGGUGAACAGCUCAUCCACAUCCUCCAACAUCACUUCUGAGGAUGAAUCCGGGGCAACUACCAACCCGACAUCCGAAGACGAAGAUGAGUCUGAGAGCGGUGAAGAGUCGGAUUGCGAGACCGACGACGAGGAGUACGGCAACAUCGAUCUGGGUCCCAGUGCGGUGCCGUCCGCCUACAAGCGUUGCUAG